GUGUCCGCGUGCAGGGUCCUCCUCACGCCGUGGACGCUUCAGCGGAGCUGCCGUGGGGUCUGUGCCGUGGGGGUCCCGAAACUGUUCCGUGGGAAAGAUGACUUCCCAGGAGGUGCGUCUGUGUGGCCUUCUGCUCCGGGAGCACUUUGGAGAGGUGGUGGAGAAAGUGGGAACGCACCUGCUCAGGAGCGGGUCACAAAACUUAAGAACCAUCCUUCAUGAAACUGACGUCUCCCUGAAACUGGUGAAGAAGUCUUUGUGUGUGCUGGUUCAGCAUGGACUCUGUUUGUACAGGCCGGGCCGUAAAGGACCCGGGAGCCCCACAGAGUACGACACCAGCUCCCAUCUCAUCCUGAGGAUUUUGCGUUACCCCCGCUACAUCUACACGGCCAAAACGCUGUACGGGGACACGGGGGAGCUGAUCGUAGAGGAGCUGCUACAGAGAGGCCACAUGACGCUGAGCAGCACGGUGAAGUCGGUGGCAGACCGUCUCACGCAGAACAUGGAGGAGGGGCGCAGCAUGGAUUACAGUGAAGUGUCUUCCGCCUUCUCCAAACUGGUGGAGACCCAUUUCCUGCAGCGCUGUCCUCCGGCCGCAGCAGCAGCAGUGAAGGACAGCAGCAGUCCGGCUGCAGGUGGGCCUCCUGCCGUCCCCGGUACUCCUUCUACCCCGGUCAGUGCUGCCCCGCCCACCCCGGAGAGCUUCCCCGACUGCUACAAAGUGCCUGACGUGAAGCUCUUUGGGCGAGGAAAGCGCCAGCUGGCGAGCGAGGACGGGGAGGAGCAAAGGAGCGCCAAGAGGGCGAGAAUGGAUUCAUCGGCUCACGGUGACGAGGGGAUUUACUGGCAGGUGAAUUUUGAGCGUUUCCAUCAGCACUUUAGAGACCAGGCCAUCAUCAGCGCUGUGGCCAACAAGCUGGACCAGACGAGCAGUGAAAUCGUGAGAACCAUGCUGAGGAUGAGUGAGGUGACGACCUCGCCCACAGCAGCCUGCACAAAGCCGCUCUCCGCCAACGAGAUCUUCAGGUCCCUCCCGGUUGGCUACAACAUCGGCAGACCCAUCUUAGACCAGUACCUCACCCUGCUGGUGGACGACCCGAUGGAGUUUGUGGGGAAGGCUGGUGAAAGCGGAGGAGGGAUGUUUGUUGUCAAUCUGCACAAAUCGCUGGCGAACUUAGCGCGAGCCACGCUCGAGUCUGCGGUCCAGGAGAGAUUUGGCUCCCGGUCCGCCCGCAUCUUCCGUCUGUUGCUGCGGAAACGCCACCUGGAGCAGAAGCAGGUGGAGGAUUUCGCCAUGAUUCCCGCCAAGGAGGCGAAGGACAUGUUGUACACGCUGCUUUCACAGAACCUGGUGCAGCUGCAGGAAGUCCCAAAGACCCCGGACUACGCUCCGUCUCGCACCUUCUAUCUUUACACUGUUAAUCAGCUCCCGACGGCCCGGAUGCUGCUGCAGAACUGUUUCAAGACGGUGGCCAAUCUCAUAGAGCGACGACUGUUCGAGACCAAAGAGAGCAAGCGCCUCCUGGAGAAAUCUCAGCGAAUCGAAGCCAUCCUGGCCUCUCUGCAGGCCAGUGGCGCCGAGCCAGAGCAGCUGACCGAGGUGGAGGAGAUGAUCACGGCUCCCGAAAAGCAGCAGCUCGAUUCCUUAAAGCUUCACGUUAACAAGUUAGAUUCAGCAGAAAACCAAGUCGAUGAAACCAUCUUUCUUCUGGAGUCCUACGUCAACUCCACCAUCGCAUCCAGCUGAGUCAGAUUUACCAGUGUGACACUUCCCACUUUGAACUUCUUCUUUUUUUUUUCCCCAUGAAUGUUUUAUAGUUUUUAGGUUUGGAUGUUUCUGUUAAAGGAGGAAAAAUAAAAUC